AUGGCCAACGUCGCUCAAGAGCUCUCACCAGCUUCUACUGCCGUGGCAAAAGACGACUUGCUCAUCGACUUUCACCCCUUUCUCUCUGGGACACCCGCCGAUAAGCAUGCCGUCGCUCUCUCGAUCACGAACGCUUUCAAAACAUCCGGCUUUCUUUAUCUAAAGGCCCACGGCAUUAUACCCUCCAUGGUAUCACAGGUGUUCGCCUCCUCCGCUCGCUUCUUCAAUCGUCCUCAGACACAGAAAGACGGGUUGGGUUGGACGACCCCACAGUCUAACCGUGGUUACAUUGCAACUGGACGGGAGAAGCUCGCACCAAUCGAAGAAACAGACGCAAUCCGUACGAUAAGAGGAUCAGCACCUGAUCUGAAAGAAACGAUGGAGAUUGGUCGAGAAGGUCUUGCAGAGCUCCCGAAUCGUUGGCCAGACAACUUAGAUGAAGAGGGUGGAAAUUUCAAAGAAACAAUGCUUUUGUUUUUUGAAAGCUGUAAAGGCUUGCAUCGUCAGAUUAUGAGUGCAAUUGCUCUUGGGAUGAAUCUUCCUGAGCACUUCUUUGAUGAAUUUGUCGACGAGGGAGAUAACAAUCUGCGUCUUCUUCAUUAUCCGCCUGUUCGGAAGGAGGUGUUCAAGGAUAAUCCUAAUCAGGUCCGGGCGGGAGAACAUAGUGAUUAUGGCUCUGUUACGUUGCUUUUUCAGGAUCGCCAUGGUGGAUUGCAGGUGCGCAGUCCUAAGGGCACCUUCGUCGAUGCCAUUCCGAUCGCAGAUACUAUUAUUGUGAAUGCUGGAGAUUUGCUGGCUCGGUGGUCCAAUGAUACUAUCACUAGUACUCGACAUCGAGUGAUUCAGCCACCUAUGCCCCCGGGCCAGGAGAACCAAGAUGAAUCUGAUACAUACCCUUCUAGGUAUAGUAUUGCUUACUUCUGCAAUCCUAAUAACAACAAAUUGAUACAAGCUCUUCCGGGGACUUACGGGGAGGAUCUUCAUGUCGAUAAGAAAUACUCCGAUAUCACAGCGGGAGACUACUUGGUCUCUAGAUUGACUGCGACUAUUUAA